AUCAAUAUACAUAAACAAUUGCGCAACAAAAAGACCCUCUGGAGCGAAAGGGUGCAUCCAUUCCGAUAAACUCGAGUAGAAAGUAAUAUGUAACUUACUCAAUUCCAUCACCAUAGCUCCAACAUAGACAGGCUUCAUCUACCUUGGCUGGAAAGUAACACAAACAACGACGAAACUAUGGAAUGCCAACUCUUCCAUGAUCCUCCGUUGGUUAUGAAUUAUUAUAUGAUUGAAAUACCCGCAGGAUAAAGUGUUCAUAUCACAGUUACACAGUGGAACGAUAAAGUGUCUACAACUGGUUGGAAUAACUGCGCCUAAGCCACAUGAACCAUAGUACGAUGCAUGGAGAACCAACAUCUUUCGUUCAACGUCCCUCCAUUUUCCUCUCAAUAAUUACGACCAAAAAUGCUUCGAAGGCCUCUUUAUUUCGCUCUUGCGACAGCGUUUGCUUACGUAGCAUACUUAUUCGCUGGAUCAAUCACACAAAGUGAAAAGAACACCACUAAACAACUUGGAGAAUGGCCGGGCAAGAAUAAUACUGUUUUGUUUCUUACAAACAGCGAACAUGGAUUGGCGAAUGUUAUGCUGGCAACUAGUCAUGCUUUACUUGUGGAACACAAUGAUCUCGAUAUUCAUUUUGUGUCAUUUGAAAAGUUAAAGAAUGACAUUACGACAAUUUCUGAAUUCGCAGCGAAGAACUCAAAGAGUGAGAGAGCUAUCACUUUCCAUGAGUUAAAAGGACCAUCAUUUUCGGAAGCAAUAAAAGAACAUGGAGUUAGUAUUGAUCAAGCAAUUAACGCACCUGGGCUCGCCGGGUUGGGGAAGUUCUGCGGUAAUAUGCAAUACUGGUUGAUGCCAUGGACAGCCACUGAUCAUCUUGGUCUCUACAAUGAGAUAUCUGAUAUACUGAAGACAGUGGAUCCGAUUGUCGUGGCAGUAGAUCCAUUAUUUGGACCCGGUAUCGAUGCUGUGCGAGCUCAAGGACGCAAUCAUGCUAUCAUUUCACCAAAUUCUCUCAAGGAUAAUUUCGUACAAUUGCAACCUAGGGCCGCCGCGCUAUGGAAAUAUCCAGCGUAAGUCCCCCUCAAUUUUUUGAUGAAAUUUGGCUCAUAAUUUUAAGCCUGAGUUCCGCAUACACAUAUCCUGUUCCUUGGUACCUUAUCCCAUCAAACAUAUACAUGAACCUACGACUCGCAUAUACGGUCAUGUCAGGGCCGGGUAUCACCAAUAGUGUUAUUAACGAGAAGCGAUCAUAUCUCAAGGAAAAUGGAAUUGCAAACCCAUUGGACAUGUUCACCGUCUACCAUAAAGACUAUCCAUGGCUAACUCAAAGUUCCCAAGAACUCGACUUCCCUUUCGAUAUCAUCCCCGAAAAUGUCAUACAAUGCGGUCCCAUUUAUCUCUCCACAGCACCAGCCUCAGAACAAGACCCAGAACUAGCCGAAUGGCUAAAAAUAUCCCCAACCGUUCUGAUCAAUCUAGGAAGUACAGUAAAUUACGACGAGCUAGCCGCAACAGAAAUGGCCAAAGCAAUUAAAAUUCUCCUCGAUAACUCCAACGUCCAAGUAUUAUGGAAAUUCAACAAACGAAACGAAUUCAGCGAUCAACUCCUCGACAUGCUAUCCUCUGAUCUCAAAUCCAAACGUGUAAGAAUGACAAACUGGAUAAAAGUAGAUCCAGCCGCUUUACUGGAAACAGGAGAUAUCAUCCUCUCAGUUCAUCAUGGAGGCGCAAAUUGCUUCCACGAAGCGAUUGGGACUGGAAUUCCUCAAGUCGUUCUACCAGUGUGGCUGGAUCUGUAUGAUUUCGCAGUUCGUGCUGAGUAUCUAGGUGUGGGGGUAUGGGGUAGUCGAGGUGCAGCGCCUUAUGUAAGUUGUCACGCUCACUGUUAUCCUUAUUCGUUUAUGUUUAAAUUUACGCGUAUGCUAACAUGAAAUCAAGUGGAAAGCGGAAGAACUGAGCAGUGCAUUUUUGAAACUGGUAGGAGAUAGCGAAGAAGCUGUUUUGAUGCGGAAAAGAGCGUCGGAAUUGAGUAGACCAUAUAAGGAAAAACCAGGCCGAAUAACAGCAGCUCAUGAACUGGCGAAAUUGGCACGAUUGGCUUCGGUGUCGUAAUUCUGCGCUUAAAUGGCGACAAGUCAACGUCAUAUUUGGAUUUCAGCUUAUUUGAAAUAGAAUUUCUAUUAAUCUUUGAGUUUAGAUCGUGUGUAGUUGUAGCUAUAAUGAGAAUACAUUCCAUUAACC